AAUAAAAAAAGGUUGGUGUAUAUAAAUAAUAGCACCACUGAGCAAUUGGAUCUUCCUCAGUGGAGCUUUUGUCCACCAACUCAAAGAUACAGUCUUUAAUACUUACUUAGUUUCUCACUUUCUCUCACUUCCUCCCACAACUCUGUUUUUCCAUUGUCUAGAGAGAGAGGAGAGGAGAGAGAGAGAAGAGAGAGAAACAGGCACAAGAAAUUUUACCCCCAAAGAUGUUUGCAGCAGAAAAUGGUUUAAGGGGUGACCCAAGAUUGAAGGCCAUUUCUGAUGCAAUUAGUGUUGUCCCCAAUUUCCCUAAACCAGGAAUUAUGUUUCAAGAUAUAACAACCCUUGUCUCCAAUCACAAGGCCUUCAAGCACACUGUUGAUAUAUUUGUUGAUAGAUACAGAGACAUGGGUAUCUCUAUUGUUGCUGGAGUUGAAGCAAGAGGGUUUAUAUUUGCUCCUCCGAUUGCAUUGGCAAUCGGUGCCAAAUUCGUUCCGUUGCGUAAACCGGGGAAACUCCCAGGUGAAGUUAUUUCUGAAGCUUAUGAACUCGAAUACGGUAACGAUUGUUUGGAAAUGCAUAAGUGUGCUGUUGAAAAGGGAGAGCGUGCUUUAGUUAUCGACGAUUUGGUGGCUACCGGUGGGACCCUUUCUGCCGCCAUUCGCCUUUUGGAACGAGGUGGCGCCGAGGUUGUCGAAUGUGCAUGUGUUAUUGGUGUGCCAGAGAUUAAGGAACGACGAAUGUUGGAUGGAAAGCCAUUGUACGUCUUGGUGGAGCCUCGUCAAUAGAAAUUUCAAAUUUCCGGUCACAACUGAAGGGGGAAGAGUUGUUACACGGAACAUCUGAUGAUUGUUUCAACAGGGUCAACGCUUUCACCGUUGACCAUCUCCGACCGGUGCUGUUUGCAGCUACUCCGGCGAAACUAUUUGAUGUGAAAAUAAUUUAUUGGGUCCCAUUUUAUGUUUUUUUAUAUGAAUUUUUUAACCUUCUUGUAUUCAAUUUGUAUGUCAUCACCAUUACACUGUUUUAAGGUUGGUUAAUAAUUCAAUGAAUUUUAUGGGAUUU